UUUCACAUCCCUAGAAGCAAGUCCGGCUGCCGCACCACCCCAGCCCCGCUGUAUACCCUGGGGUGCCAGGACUGGCUUCACAAGCUAUGGCCCAGGCUGUUUCCUGUGCCUGGGCCAGGCAGGACCUGCCACACGGGCUGGACAAAAUCCCUUGGCAGGCCGGAUCUAAUCCAUGGGCUGCAUUUUGCCAACCCCGGCCUUAGUGAGAGCUCAUCUAGAUGCUGAAGUUUCACCUAACAUGGAAGAGAAGUGAAAGCUAAGAACAAUUAGUGGAAAUGCCUGAAGAAUUUCAAAUGGGAUCAAAAGCAUAAUGUUUACUUCCAAACCUGAAAGGGUCCAGUGGUCUCAGUUUAAAGGCUAUUUUAUUUUCAAACUGGAGAAAGUGAUGGAUGAUUUCAGAACUUCUGCCCCUGAGCCACGAGGCCCUCCUAAUCCAAAUGUGGAGUAUAUUCCCUUCGAAGAGAUGAAGGAACGCAUUCUGAAAAUUGUCACUGGAUUUAAUGGUAUUCCCUUUACUAUUCAGCGGCUCUGUGAGUUGCUGACAGAUCCAAGACGGAAUUAUACAGGAACUGACAAGUUUCUCAGAGGAGUGGAAAAGAAUGUCAUGGUUGUCAGCUGUGUGUAUCCAUCUUCAGAGAAAAAUAAUUCCAAUAGUUUAAACAGGAUGAAUGGUGUAAUGUUUCCAGGAAAUUCACCUGGUUAUUCAGACAGAUCUAACAUAAAUGGUCCUGGAACUCCCAGACCAGUAAAUCGACCGAAGGUUUCCUUGUCAGCUCCUAUGACGACAAAUGGAUUGCCGGACAGCACAGAACAUAAAGAGUCAAACUUACAGGAAGCAGAAGAAAAAAACCACAGGGAGUCACCAGCAUGUGAAUCAGACAGUGUUCAAGCUAGCCCUGUUAAAAAUAAACAUCCUGAAGAUGAUCCUGUGGAAGCAGAAGGACACGAAGUAAAAAGACUUAAGUUUGACAAGGAAGGGGAAGCUAGAGAGACAUCCAACCAAACUGCCUCCAGUGAAGUUUCUUCGGUCAUGGUAGAAGAGACUGGAACAUCUCCUACAUCUCAGGAUAAAGAAAAAGAUCCUAGUUGUGUCAGACAGCAUUGUGCAGAGGAUGAAGAGGAAGAAUCCUUCAUGUCACCAAGAAAUGUUGCGCCAGACAGAAAAGAUCAAGAAAAAGACACUGAAUCCUUAACUGUGAAUGAAGAGACCUCUGAGGAGAGUAAUCAAAUGGAGGAAUCUGAUCAGUCUCAAGCAGAGAAAGAUUUGCAUUCUGAAGACAGUGAAAAUAGUGGCUCUGUCAGUAGUGGAGCUGACUGCAGUGAAACUGAAGACUUAGGAUCCUUUGCCAGUGGAACUCCUGAAAUUUCAUCAGAGACCCCUAUGGAAAACAGCGACGAAGCCACAGAAGAACCUAUGGAGCAAGACUAAUAAUUUAAAUACACUUAGAUGCAGUAUUUUCCAUAAGGCUCUGGUUUUACACUGUAUAAAUAAUUUUAUGUAAUAAAGUGGACCUUUAGUUUUACAAGAGAAGCAGGUUGUAAAAUAAACUCCAUGGAUUGAACCCUGAACGAGUUGUACAUGUUAAGAACUGUGAAUACCAGCUCAUUCAGGUCCUGCUUACCGCUGAAUUUUCGGUCUGGUCAAAUCAGUGGUUUGUGUAUAGUUUUUUUUAUUUAGAAUAAAAGUUUUUAAACUGGAAGGUAAUUAUAAUUUUGACGACUUUUUUGGAGAUUACCACACUUAGUUGUAUGUAUGCAAGAAAGCUUUUUGUCUUGUCUCUUUCUGACAGCUAUAGCAGUUGCUCCAUAUUUUGGUUACACUUUAAACAUUAACAUGUGAAUUAUAGGGUUCCAUGAUGGUUUCCAGAGUUUUAUUUGAAUACAUGCUAUGAAACCUUAAGUUGUAUGUUUAAUGCGUUACAUUUUACACACACAUACACAUUUAUCCUCCCACAAUUGUAAUGGGGGAAAUGUUAUAUUUUUCUGUUUCUAUAAACUAAAUACAAUGAAUACUUUUUCUAUGGGAAAAGACUGCAUUCACCUCAGAGCAGUUUCAUUUGCCUGUGAAUAUGUAGAAUAAAAUCUGGCCCAUGUGAAACCCUGGGAAUCUUAACAUUGAAAGUACCAGGUUAGACACAUUCCAAGAGAACUUCAGACGACAACGCUUUUAUAUACUUCUGAGGUGCCUGUGUGAGAGGAUUUCAUUUAUUUAUGAGAAAAUGCGCUUUUUUUUGUUAAGAACAAAGUAAUCAAAACUUUAGCUUAAAUUUUGUAGAAGGAAUGUUUGCAAAUCUGAUGAGAAUCUCUGAAAAAUUGGACAGGUACUUGCCUUUUUGAGUUCUCUGAGCAUUGUGAAUAUUAUAGGAAAGUUUCUUUAAAAUUUAUUCUAAAGUAUGCAAAUGGCAUUGGUAUGAUACACCACUGGAUUGGGAGAAUUAAUAUAUUACCUUAGUUAUGUACCUGAGCUAAAUGACUAAAGUUUUUGGGGUGCAUAGAUAUCACCAUAAUUUGUAUAACGUUUUGGAAGUGAACUAAAUAUUUUUGAACAUGCUACUUUGACAGCCAGUGUUACAUUUUUUUUUCAAACUAGCUCAAAGCACAACUACUGCUUUAAACUCGCAAUAUUUUCAAAUUCCCAUAUUUAAAGACGUGCAAGUUGCAACCUCCCAGUCACAAUUACUGGCUGCCAAAUUUAUACCUGUUUCUUCAAUUGUACCUUUUUGAUAUUUAGAAUUUUUAAAUUUCUGUAAAGUAGAUUUUUUGUAGAUUGUAACAAGUGCUCACUGCCAUUGUGAAACGGUAUAUAAUUGUAUAAUUUCUGUGUGUAAACUGAAUGCUUGGGCUUUCAAUACAGUAUUCAUAUAAAGCAAUAAAUAUUAAUGUUAUAAAAUAUUCGAGUACAUUUUUAUCAAAAUAUAAAACUCCCUUUUUAGUUUUAAGUUCACAUACCUGAACUAAAAAAAAAAGACCUCUAAAAUGCAUGCUAAUAGUUUCUGCUACUAGACAGUAUGCUUUAUAUGUAUCAUUUUUGGGAAAUACAUUUUUUGAAUAAUUUGGCUCAGUUUGUAUAUUUAUAAGGUAAUGUACUACUUACUGAUUUUACCCAUCACGUUUAAAGCAAACAGAGGACAUAAUCCAGGAGAUGCUUGCCAAAACAAACAAUUGAUUAGUGUUCCCCAGACAAAAGGAAAAAUCAUACCUUAUCAACUUAAUUUUCAUUGUGCAGAAGGGUUGAAUGUGUAUCAUAAAAAUUAAAGGACUGAACCAAGGUGUUGGAAUUAGGAAAGUGUCAAAUAUAAUGACGUAAAAAAUUAGUGACAUCUUACCUUUUUGUUGGUUUUUGGGAAUACUUUGCCAAUGAGAACAACAUUUCUAAGUUUAGAGAUUUCUGAAAUUUUCUUUAGAAUGUUUAUUUGUGAAAAUAUUGUCAAUAAACCUAUUCUUUAAGCACCUAUGAAUUUUUGCUAUGUUUAUUUUAGCAGCACUAGUGCCACAGAAUUGUAAAGGUUUGCACAACAAAUCUCCAUAUAUCAAUUUGUAAAUCCACGAAUAUUACUUUUUUCUGCAAUGAGCAAUAGCUAAUAAAGUAAAAUCAUGC